GUUUGGCUGCGAGAGCUGUGUGUGCUGUUUGGAGCUCUGUGUUGGAUCUGUAUCAGUGGAGGCGCUGUCUGCCAGAGGGCCGCUCUCGGCGGCUUUGCUCGAUGGCGCGGCCGGCCUCCCGUCCCGGGGAAUCCGCGUCUCGGCCGGGCCGCCACUGCGGCGCCGCCCGGGGCCACGCGGGGAUCGCGUCCUGAGAGGCGGCGGCGGCGGCGCGGAUAUGGAGCCUCCGCUUGGGCCCACGGGGCCGCAACGCCCUCCCGGGGUCCCGGACCUCAGCCAUCUCACGGAGGAGGAGCGCAACAUCAUCAUGGCCGUGGUUGCGCGACAGCGAGACGAGGAGGAGAAGGAGCAACAAAUGCUGAGGAAGCUGCACCACCAGUUUGCGGCCUACAAGGAGUACAAGGACGAGAUCAAGAAGCUUGGCGGGGAAUCCUAUCGGGAGGGAGAAGCUCGCGGAGCCGCAGCGGCGGCUGUGGACGGAUCGGAGGGGGCCCCUGUGAAGGGGGGGGGCCCUGGCGACGGAGAGGAGGUGGAGACCCGGCGUGAGACUCCCACCUGCGGGAUUUGCCACAAAACCAAGUUUGCCGACGGAUGCGGCCACUGCUGCUCGUACUGCCAGACGCUGUUCUGCGCACGGUGCGGGGGCCGUGUGGCGCUGCGCUCCAGCAAGGAGGACAAAGUGGUGAUCUGGGUCUGCAACCUUUGCCGCAAGCAGCAGGAGCUCCUCACCAAGUCAGGCGCCUGGUUCUUUGGGCCGGCGGCCGGCCCCAGCGAAGGGCCGGGUGCGGAAGAGCAGAGCGACCCUGGGGCGGCCCUCGGACGUGAGCGCAAGGUCCGGGGUGGCCGCGGCGGAAAUCACGAGGCGGACGGAGGGGAAACCGCCUCACGGGGUAGGCGGGGCCGCGACGGGAAGACGCAGCUGGCGCAGCCCGGACGGGCACGGGGGAACGGCAGGAAGGGAUGUCGCUCACCGCCCCGCGGCACCACGGACAGCGGCUCCACCCGGCCAGAGCUACCGGCCGUCCAUGGCUCGCCGGUCAUGAAUAACCACAGGAGUCGAGGCCCGGCCGUCCCAUCGGAGUGCCCGGAGGGGGUCACUGGCCGGCGGCCUCCGGGAGUGAUGGGACGUGGAACGGACGGCUGCCUGCGGACGGGAGGGGGCGACGGGCCUCCCAGUGCCACCGAUCCACGGCUACCUUACCGCUAUGCCGGCGAGGCGGCGUGCGGGCCGCUCCGAGGUGGCCGCGCCGACGAUGCCGAGAUGCAGGCCCGUUACCGCAGUGACCCCAAUCUGGCACGCCACCCGGCGAAGCCGCAGCCGUACGAGCGGCAGAUGCGCAUCCACGCGGAGGCCUCCCGCGCUCGGCACGAGCGGCGGCACAGCGACGUGGCGCUGCCGGUCACCGAGGCGGACGAGACGGCGUACCCGGGGCCCGUCGCCGGCCGUGCCGACCGCCCGCGGCACCGGCGGGCCCUCGUGCCGCCUGCCGAACCCGGGGUACCGGACGCCCCCCGCCUGUUCCGGGGCAUCCGGCGCGGCCCCGUGUCCCCGGGCCGGUGCCCGGACGCCCGCGGCCACGGGGCCCGCGGACCCUGUCGACGCCGGGACGGUACGGACGGUGCCGCGGUGGCGUGGAACGACUCGCUGGGCUCGGAUCGGUCGGAUGGCAUGCGAUGCGUGCAGCAGCAGCAGAAAGCGCUCGAGGUGAAGAAAUCUCGGCACCGCUCUACCAGCAGUACCGAAGAGUCGACGCCAGAGUACAGCAGCUGCCCCGACGAGGAGGAGGGCGAGAGCGAGGGCGCCGGCGACACGGCGGCCGCAGAUCGGGACCCGUACAAGCGCGACGUGGCUCGCACGUACCCAAGUGGAGACCCCUCCCUCCUGGCGACGCCCGUCACGUGGCAGCCGUCGCGCGAGGGCGACCGCCUCAUCGGGCGCAUCGUGCUCAACAAGCGCCUUAAGGACGGCUCUGUGCCUCGCGACUCUGGCGCCGUGCUGGGCCUCAAGGUGGUGGGAGGGAAGAUGACGGAGCCGGGGAAGCUGUGUGCGUUUAUCACCAAGGUGAAACGUGGCAGUCUCGCAGACAUCAUGGGGAGGCUGCAGGCAGGCGAUGAGGUGCUGGAGUGGAACGGGCGGCUCUUGCGGGGAGCCUCAUUCGAGGAGGUCUACAAUAUCAUCCUGCAAUCCAAGCCGUCUCCACAGGUGGAACUGCUGGUAGCAAGACCACUCAGAGACGCUUCCAAGAUCCCCGAGGUCACCCAGGUGCAGCUCGAAUCCAGCUCCAGCUCUUUCGAGUCGAGCAAGAUGGAUCAGCUCUCCACCUCCGUUACGUCUCUCACCAGCUCGGGUCUGCUCAGGGAUGCCCCGCAGAUCUUGCCAGGACGUCUGUCUCCUCGAGUCGUGGGCAGGCGGUGGCUCGGGCCGCAGCUGCAGGUAAAGCUGUGGUACGACAAACCGGGUGAACAGCUCAUCGUCACGGUGCUGGGGGCAGCCGACCUCCCGGCUCGCGACGAUGGGCGACCACGCAACCCUUACGUCAAGCUCUACUUCCUGCCCGACCGCAGCGACAAGAGCAAGCGGCGAACCAAGACGCUGCGCAAGACGCUGGAGCCGCACUGGGGCCAGACGUUCGUGUUUUGCCCCGUGCGCCGCAGCGAGUUCCGCGAGCGGAUGGUGGAGGUGACGCUGUGGGACCAGGCACGCAUCCACGACGAGGACAGUGACUUCCUGGGGGAGAUCCUGAUCGAGCUGGAGACGGCGUUGCUGGACGACGAGCCGCACUGGUACAAGCUGCAGACGCACGACCUCUCCUCGCUGGCGCUGCCUGCCCAGUCACCGUACCUGCCGCGGCGCCCGCAGGCCGACCGCCGACUCACGCGGUCUCCGCGGAUCGGUGAGAAGGAGGGGUCGGACUACGAGACGGACGAUGGCAUUGGAGCCGUGAGUCCAGUGACGCGCCACCGUAGCCGCGAGAGGCGUGGCGUGGCCCUGGUGGUGCCGGGGCCGCCCAGGCACCGGGGAGGGUCUCGCUCUCGCUCCGUGUCGCCGCACCACCCCGACAAACGCAGCCGCUCGCGCUCGCAGUCCCCGCAUCCCCACAGCACCAGUGGUGUGGACCAGGAAGGCUGCAGCCGACAUUCCCGGUCACCGCGACGACCACAGGAUGGGCCGGCGAGAGGAGAGUGCUGCAGAGGCCUUGCAGAGCAGUACUCGCCUGAACCCGACCGUCACUUCACCACCUUGCCCAGGGCCAAGCCGGGCCACGGGGCAACCGCAUGGGGCGAGGGGGGGCACAGCAACGCAUUCAUCCCAGUGAUUCCAAUCUCCAGGGAGGACGCCAUCAGCCUCCUCCUGUCACAUGAGCAGUCCGCCACACAGCACUGCAUGCAGCGCACACCGCACAGGCUGCACCAGGGCUAUGGGAGGAGUAUUUUGUCAAACUCUACGAGUCUCGUCAAUGGAAACCGGGAGAGCGCGGCAUCUCGCGCCGGCUCCAACCUCUGCGCCGCACAAGUGGAAGGGCUGUCGGGCGUGGACAGCGCCUUUGAGAGGAUGAACCACCAGAGCAGCCCAAUGGCAGCUGCUCCGGGAAGCACUCCUACGCUAGGCCGCAGGGUCAGGCAGCUGCCCCAACUGCCUCCAAAAACAACAGAUGGUCGCGGCCUGGUUGCCAUGGUCGAGGCGGAGGAGCGCGGUCGGCCGAUGAAAAUGAAGAUUGGAGGCAAGUUCUUGCAGGCCAGUGCCCCGGGACACUCCGGACCCUUUAAUGAUGGGGGCCCUGCAGGGGACCCUCACUACAGGCACCACGGCCCGAGAGACAAGAGGCUUGGUUCUGACAUCACAUCGCGCAAGUCUUCGGACAGCGACGUGAGCGACGUGUCGGCCGCAUCGCAGACGUCGAGCCUGUCCCGCGUCAGCACCACCACCUACCUGUCGGUGCAAUCGGAGCGCCCGCGGGGCACCCGCAACAUCAGCAUGUUUAUGUCUAAAAUGCAAAGUCGGCAGGUUGGAGCGUCGGGCGGACGCCGCAUGCCCAAGAGUUCGAGUGUGAGCGGGGAGAUGUACCGGGCGGAGCGUGCCGACGGCAGCCAGUCUGACACGGGCCUCGGCACAGCCGCUGACGCCGCCCCCAAGACGCGGCGCUCCUCCUUCGGCGCCAAGAUGGUGGCCAUCGUGGGGCUGUCACGCCGCAGCCGCAGCACCUCACAACUGUCUCAGACCGACGCGAGUGGGAAGAAGCUGCGCAGCGCCGUGCGACGCAGCACGGAGACAGGGAUGGCCAUCGAGAUGCGGAACUGGAUGACGCGGCAGGCGAGCCGAGGGUCGAAUGACGACAGCAUGAACUCCUACAGUUCGGAGGGAAACCUGAUAUUCCCUGGCGUGCGGCUUGACCACGACAGCCAGUUCUGCGAUUUCCUGGACGGGCUGGGGCCAGGGCAGCUGGUCGGGCGGCAGACCCUGGCCACCACACCGCUGGGCGACAUUCAGCUGACGAUGAUCUGCCGACGGGGGCAGCUGGAGGUGGAGGUGGUGAAAGCGCGAGGACUCAUCCCCAAGCCGGGUUGCAAGUCCAUUGCAGCCCCCUAUGUGAAGGUGUACCUGCUGGAGGGUGGGGUGUGCAUCGCUAAAAAGAAAACCAAGGUCGCCAGCAAGUCGCUCGAUCCCUCCUAUGGCCAGCAGCUGCUGUUCGAUGAGGGUGCCCAGAACAAGGUCCUGCAGGUGAAGGGCCAUUCACGAGCUUCACCACUACAGCGCAUACGGAGCCCUGCGCGCGUGUCAUUGUGUGGGGUGACUAUGGCCGUAUGGACCACAAGUCCUUCAUGGGGGUGGCCCAGAUCCUCCUCGAGGACGUUGACCUCAGUCGGAGUGUGACCGGCUGGUACAAGCUCUUUCCCACCUCUUCGCUGGUGGAUCCCACCUUUGCGCCACUCACACGGCGUCCAUCGCAAUCCUCGCUGGAGAGCUCCACCGCACCCACGUUUGCAAGAUCAUAACGAGGGGUACGGGGUCGUGGAACGUGACACUCUGUUCAGCACCGCACCGUCCGUCGUAACCACAGCAACACACGGGCUGCAGGUGGGAGGACAUCAUGGCGGGGACGGGGGGUGGGCAACCCUAAGAUAUUGUCCUGCCUCUCGCCCUGGACACACCAGGGAGUGCGCACAUGCAAACACAUACAUAUACGCAUCCCCUGAUGUGCAGCAAUCACCCACGUGACGUUGCAGUUUGCCUGACGUCACAUUUCCGAGACUCCCUCACCCACUGUCCCUCCAGAAGCCCCCACACUUCAUUCUCUUCCCAGCCUCUCCUUUGUCCACACUGCCAGACCUCACUGCCAAUUGGCUGCUCAUUUCACGAGGGCUCCCUGUCCCAGCAAGGGAAGUAACCCAUGUGACACGUGUCAUCGGGGUGUGCACCACGAGACGGUCGACGGGGCAAUGCACUGCCUCUCCUCUCUGUGCGGGGCCACUAUGUGUAUACAUUGAUGGGGGCACGUGUACACGCGCGGCACAGGGUGCGAUCUUGUCCGUGCUGGACGGCGUGCGGACUCCAUGUGCGGUGUGGAAAAAGAGAUGUCGGUGUCCGUGUGCGGUACAGGGGAAUGAGUGCCGGCAUAAUCCUCCUGCUCCUUUUAAGUUGGACAGACCGCGGCCCGUCCCACCAAAUCAUUGAGUGUUGUGAACGUGCGGUUGCACCAACUACACUUUCGAGUGAAGCCGUCUUGAUUGGAUACAGGGCCCCGUAGGUUGGGUGGGGGAGACCUAACAGUGCUGGCUACUUGGGGUGGUAUGUGGGGGGGGCUGCUGCCCUGAAGCCACUCCGAGCUCUGUGGCAGCUGAGCUGCUGCUGUCUGUCGCAGCACGUCGUGAACCGUGCCAGUUUUAUAUGACUGCGAUUGCAUUUAUUAUGAUGUCGUUAUACAUCCAUGUCGUGGAGCAUGAUUAUAAACAGCCACAUUUUAAGGGCUUUAAUCACCGUAGCGUUGCAUGUCCUUUUGAUGCAACCGUGGUCUGUGAGUGACGCCGGCCGAGCGGCGUGGGGCAUCGGUGCACGUGCUGCCCUGGCCUCGCUCCGCCUCGUCGCUGCAGAUGCCGUAUAAGAGAAACUAUUUUCUGCUUGAAUACUUGCAUGUACAUACGGUACUCGAUCCGCAGCACUGAUGAGUGGUUCCGACUGUAGCAUUCCACGGAUGAGGCGCGGGCGGGAGAGCACCUCUUCCCUCUCAUCUCCACGCAACGCGCUGGGACUCGCGGCCGGGGGGUUGGCGGCCACCGUCUCGACCACCACCACCACCACCACUCCGUGGGGCUUGGGUCGUGGCGCUGCGGGUACAGGCAGACGCGUGGUCGCCCUCUGCGCCGGGCCGGAUGGAUGAUUGUCGUGGUGCAAAAGUGACGGUGUGUGGCUGAGCUGCUGGGCGAUGCCGAUGAUGCGGGCGAGUAGCGGCGAAAGCAGGCAGUGUUGAUGGUUGCUGCUGGUGGUCCUGGCGAUGUUAGUUGGCGCCGCUGGUGAGGUGGAGCAGAGAUGACGUGCGAGUGGCCGGGGUUCCGACACGCGUCCUCUGGCGACGGGGCGCAGAUUAUGCAGACGUCAGAUCAUCAUCAUCAUUGCCUUCUCUGGGUGCGGGUGCAAUACGGGGUGGGGGGGGGGGUGCGGGCGGGUGGCGGCGCCUGGUGGCCCUUGUCUCCUCAAUAGCCUCACUCUCGCGUAUCACGACGGAGGCGCCCGCUUCUCGAGUGCUGCAUCCAGUUUUUAUAUUUGUGUUGAGAGCAGAACAGUAACAAAGAAGCCACGUGUUUGUAUAUAUUUAUUGGAGUGUUUGAUCAGAAUGUGAAUUUUAUCUCUUAAUUUUAAACGGCGUUACCAUGUCCCCAUGUACCCCGCCGUGUCCAUGGCUGGAAUAAAGAUGACUCUCUUUUCUA